AUGGCGUCAAACGAGGGGACGCUGCCGCCGCCCCCGCGCGCGACGGCGGUGAUUGUGAUUGGCAUGGCGGGCUCGGGCAAGUCGACGUUUGUCGCGCGCCUCGCGUCGCACAUGGCCAAGAAGACCGCCGCGGCGCACGGCGAGCAGCAGGCCAAGGAGAAAGAAGGGGACGCGGACGCGGCCGGUGCGAGCGACAUGCCCACGCGGCCGUACCUAAUCAAUAUCGACCCGGCGGUCGCGGGACUGGGGUACUCGCCGAAUGUCGACAUCCGCGACACGGUCGACUAUCCCCGCGUCAUGGAGGAGUACAAGCUCGGCCCCAAUGGCGGCAUUCUCACCGCGCUGAACCUCUUUACGACCAAGUUUGACCAGGUCCUGUCGAUUGCCGAGAAGCGCGCGAACGAAACGGAUCUCGUCGUGCUGGAUACGCCGGGGCAGAUUGAAAUCUUUACGUGGAGCGCCUCGGGGUCGAUCAUUACCGACGCACUGGCGAGUGCGAUGCCGACGGUCGUCGCGUACGUCGUCGACACGCCGCGCACGACUGCGCCGGCGACGUUCAUGUCGAAUAUGCUGUACGCGUGCAGCAUUAUGUACAAGGCGCGCCUGCCGUUUGUGAUCGUAUUUAACAAGACCGACGUCCAGGACCCGCAGUUUGCGCUGGACUGGAUGCACGACUUUGAGGCGUUCCAGCGCGCGCUCAUGGCAGGCAACGCGCGCGACCCAUCGGUGCACGCCGCGGAUCCGAAUGCGCCGCCGCAGCCGCGGUCCGAGGACCCGAGCUACCUCAACAGCCUGAUGAACAGCAUGAGCCUCGUCCUCGAUGAAUUCUACAAGAACCUGCGGGCCGUCGGCGUGUCGUCGGCUACCGGCGCGGGCAUGGACGACUUUUUGGGUGCCGUGAAAGAGGCACGGCACGAGUACAUGACCGACUACCGCCCCGAGAUGGAGCGCAUGCAGCGCGAGAAAAAGGCACAGCUCGAAAAGUCCAAAGAGACGCAGAUGCAGUCGCUGCUGCACGAUAUGAACGUGCGCGAGCCGCGCUCGGGGCUCAGCAAGGUGCGCUCCAAGAUGCGCGCGUCCAACGACGACGACGUCGACGGGCCGGAGUACGCGGGCGACGGCGAGAUUAUCGACCCGGACUCGGACGAGGAAAAGCCCGAGUACGGCGUGCCGGGCGGCGACGAGCGCCUCGCAAAACGCUGGAAUAAACACGACGGGAGCUACUGGCCGGCGCCGCCAUAG